AUGAAGAUUGCGAUAAUCGGCCAGUCGGCCUUCGGGGUCGACGUCUACAAGGAAUUGCGCAAGAAUGGCCACGAAAUCGUCGUCGUAUUCACGAUUCCCGACAAAAACGGCCGUGAAGAUCUUUUAGGUUGAUUUCUGAACUACGGUUUUGGGUUGCAAACAAAAAAAAAUUGAUGACAUUUUUGGAAAACCGGUUCAUUUAUUCGAAAUUUAGCCAUCGAGGCGGCCAAAGAUGGGGUCCCCGUUCAGAAACCAGCGAGGUGGCGGAAAAAGAACGCCGAUGGGAAUUUCGAGGUGAAUAUAGACAGGGAAAAUGGAAAAUUUUUGAUUUUAGAAGCUUUUUAAUGUUAUUUUUCGGCAUGCUAAAGUAUAUAAAGUUUGGGCGUUUACAAAAUGUGACUGUUUUUUUUUGUUCUCCAUUGAAAAUUAAUAACUAAAAUUCAAAAAAAAAACGCUCAUCUUUUAUAAUUUGCUGAUGAUGCGCAUUUGAUAAACACUUAAUAGAAUGCCCAUUUUUUCCCUAGAAAAUUUAUCGAGAAAGUUGAAAAUUAUCGAAAAAACACAAUAUUCAGACGCUUCCCGAAAUGCUCGAACUGUACAAAUCUUUCGGUGCUGAACUUAAUGUCCUGCCAUUUUGCACGCAAUUCAUCCCUCUGGAAAUCACGGAAGCCCCCGAACACAAGAGUAUCAUCUACCAUCCGAGUAUCCUGCCCAAACACAGGUUUCAAAAGAAAAAACAAACUUUCUUGCUCAUGUCAUUUAUCGAUUAAUUAAUUGUAAUACGAUUCUCAUUAGUCGCAAAGGAAGAAUUAGAACUCAUACGUUUUAAAAAAGGUUGAAAAAGGUUUACUUAUUGCGCCAUAUUUUAUGAUCGGACAAAGCUCGGAGAGUCUCAAAAAAGGUCGCAAAAAGGGAGCAAAAAGAGUCCCUUUAGAGAGCCUUCCAUUUUUCUAGGCUUCAAGAAAUGGUGGCAAAAGGGAGAGGCAACAAAAAUGGUGCAUAAAAGCCGAUGAAAUGGUGCAAAAAGGCAGCAAAACAGGAACAUUUCUAUGGAACCUUUUUUCAACUUUUCCGACUUUGCCUAUGUGUAUCCUUCCCCCUGUAGCUGUCUUUUUUUUGAGCCUAUAGUUAUCUAGAAAACAGGUUAGUUGAAAAGAACUUUUUUGCAGCUUUUUAUCGAUUUUCCUUCUUUCUUUUGCGACCUUUCCUGAGCCUGAGCUGUUCCUUAAAAGUCAAAAAUUAGGAUAAUAUUCAGAGGAGCGUCGGCGAUCAACUGGACCUUGAUCGACGGAGAUGAGGAGGCCGGCCUCAGUAUUUUCUGGGCCGACGAUGGACUCGACACCGGACCGAUUUUGCUCCAAAAGAAGACGAAAGUUGAAGAAAAUGAUACGCUGAACACGCUCUACAAGCGGUUCUUGUAUCCGGCUGGAGUCGCCGCCAUGGUUCGAUUUUUUAUUGUUUCUGAUUAGCCACUUUCCUCCCAUUAUUUCAUUAUGAACUUAUAGUCUGUUCAGAUUUUGAAUUUCAAGUAGAAUGACGUCAUUCGAAAAUGCUCUGUGGAUGGCUCGCUCUCUGAUUCGCGCCAUUAGGGGCGGGGCUUGAGCGGCGACUUGACAUUCAAAAUCUGAACAGACUAUAAAAAGUCCACAUUUUUUUGAAAUCCUCGUCUUCAUUACUAUAAAUCUCUUUAUUUUCAAUGUAAAAUUGAUAUUUGAUGAAAAAAAGCCCUUUUUUUGAAUAUUGGAUUAAUAAUAAUAAUUUACUCAUCCACAAAGUGAAAAGAAUAAAUAAGGUUAAGAACCGGUUUUAGGUCACCCUCACGAGUGACUUCACCGGAUAGGGAAUACAAUAGAUAUCACAGUUGAUAAAAUACACGUAUAUGCAUAUUGAGAUUUUUUUGAGAUCAUAGUAGCCGUCUAGGGAUGCUGAUGAAUAAUUCAUUGUCGGGGAUGUUGUCCAGAUGAGAUUUGAAAAUAAUCAUCUAUAACUAGCUCUCAAAAACUGAAAUUUGAGGCAUAAUUUCCUAAUUUGAUACGUGUUGUAGACAUUUCCAGCUUUUUGAUCUUCCAGAUAGCCAAAUUUUGUAGAAAAAGGUUGAUAUUACCAGAACAGGCUUUUAAAAAUCCCGGAAAAGUCUGAUAAUUUGGAUGUUUCAUUUGAUAAUUUUUUUUGGGCUCUUCUCAAAAUUUUCUUCAAAAUCGGGCUUUCAAGACAAGAAUUCACGAAUUCUCAUCAUUUUUUUCGUAUCUUAACUCAAAAGGAAGGUCGAUUAACUUUGCGGUUGGGAAUUAACUGGAAAUUGAUCAGAACACCCCUCUGAGUUCCGAAAAAAAAAUUCUGAAAACCUUCAAAAUCGGUCAAAUGGCCGUUUUUGGCGCUUUGAGCUCUUAUUUCUGAAAAACUAGCGAGUUGUGCAGAUUGGGACUUUCGCGACCCUAAUUCGGUAAUUCAGGGGAUUUUCUGACAAAUUUUCAGAAAGUUCCCAACCGCAAAGUAAAUGACCUCCCUUGUCUUGAUUGUAAUAUGUUUUAUCCAUUCUCCUCAGACGGAAGCCGUUGAACUGAUUGCUGCCGGAAAAGCGCCGAGAAUCGUCCAGCCGGAAGAAGGCGCCAGCUACGACCCGUACAUCACCACCAAGCCGGAACUCGCACAGAUCAACUGGAAGCUGACCCAGCGCCAGCUGCACAACUUCAUCCGCGGCAACGACAAGGCAUCUUCUGGAGCUCCUCGUUCCAUUCUACUUGUUUCAUCCUAGGUCCCCGGCGCCUGGGCCAUCCUCAACGGCGAGAAAGUCUUCUUCUACGGAUCCAAGCUGUGGAAACAGGGCUCCCCGCCGGAAGACGCUCUGGAGGUCGCUGUGGCCGAAGUCCCAGGCGGCAAGGUCUUCGUCGAUGAUCGGGGCCUUCUUCUUCCCGGCAGCGAUGGCAAAUUUGUACUCUGAAAUUUUCCUUGGAGUUUUUCGAGAUGGGAAGUUUCUAGGUGAUCGUGGAUUCGAUCAAAGUCGGCACCAAGACGAUUCCGGCCAAGAAGUACGGCCAGGCUUCGGAAGCGACUGAAGAGCUGGUUCUGACUGAGGAGGAGAAGGCUCUUGUCGAAAAAGUCAAGGUAAAAGCAUGGAAAUGUCUGGACCUCCACUUUUUGCACACUAUUUCUCCGGCCACAGGGGCUUCAGAGUGGUCCCUAAAGGGGCAAUUAUAUGGGCCCUUGGAGGGUCCCCCGUAGGACUACUAAAGCUUGCCCAAGUGGUCCCUAUAGGGGACAUGUCGAUAUUUGUUAUGAACUCUACGCAAUGAAGCUUCUUCAUGGAAAAACUGAAUAAAUAAGCGUUUUUGAAUGAAAUUGAAAGGCCCCUAUAGGGUCCGCUUGGGCUUUAGGGCUAAGUCAGACCCCUAUAGGGUCCACUUUAAUUCGACCCCUAUGGGGACCACUUUUUUGACUCCUAUAGAGGUUGUUUUCCCCCCUAACCCCUAAAGAGACCAAUGUCAAGUACCAUGACGUCAUUCGAAAACGCUCUGUAGAUGCCUCGCUCUCUGAUUGGUUCAUCGCGCUAAUAGGGGGCGAAGCUUGAGAUUGGACAUUCAAAAGAAAUUUUCGGUACCUGAAGCAUGUAUUUAGGACACCUACAGCCAAAGAUAUGAUUUUUUGGGUUUAAAAAAUGUCUUUAAAGUUAAGGUUUUUUUCUUAAGGUUUCUUGAGAUAAUUCUUUCUCUAGUUCUGGAACCUUUUUUUCAACUUUCGAGCUCAUUUCUACCCUAAGAAGGCGUGGGCAGUCAAUCAGAAGCAUGUUCCAAAAUAAUUUCCAGAAAAUCUGGACCGGAAUCCUGAAGAGCAGCGUCCGCGACGAAACGGACUUCUUCUCGGCCGGAGCCUCUUCUGCUGACGUCACUCGGCUAAUUGAGGAGAUCAAGUUCCACACGGGAGUCGAAUUGGAAGCCAGCGAUGUUCGUAAUGACCUCUUAAGUGCCCUGGGAGACUGGUCACUUUAGGUGUAUAUGGCCCCGACCCUCGGCGACAACGUCACUUUGGUGGUGAGGAAGAACCGCGGAGAAGACGCCGUCAGUGUGACUUAUGACCCUGUCGAGCUUGACGUUAAUAACAUGAAGCUCAAGUUCCCUCACGAGAUGUUCAUCAACGGAAAAUUCGUCCCGGCGUUGAGUGGAAAGUGAGAAAAAUGUCAAUUAUUCAUUAUUUUUGUGUCCCCUUUGGCUAACCGUUCUGAUGAUUUUGAACUAACUUUUAUCCAAAUUCGCAAAAAUCGUGUCUCAGCAGCUCAAGGGGUCACUUAAGAGUGCUGACACCCCUAAAGCGGCCGCUAGAAAUAGUCAGAAAGGAAACAUAUUAGCUUGCCUCGACUUUAGAUGGUAUAGUGCACCAAAAACUGCUUUAAACCAGUCUGACCUGUCUGCGCCCUCUUUUCCCUCGCCGCCUAGGUAAUAGAAACAAGAAUGCAGCAUGUAAAGACGAGAGAGCGCUGAGAAAUCAGACUGUUUAUAGUUGUAGAGAGUAGUUUUAUAGAUGAACGAAGUGGCAAAACUCUAUUUUUUAACCUUUUUUCCACAUAAAGGACAAUUUUUGGGUUCUUCUUUUCGAAAUCUAUCCAAAAAGCCAUGAAAAAAAUGGUCUAAAAAACUGUCUGACCUGUCUGCGCUCUCUUUUCCCUCGCCGGCUAGGUCAUAGAAGCGGGAAUAGAUCACGUAAAGACGAGAGAGCGCAGAAAAAUGAGACUGGUUCAAGUUAUGAGAUUUUUUUUUUCUAGUUAUAGCAAAUGAAAACAGCAGGUUAAAACGAGAGAGCGCAGAGAAAUAAGACUGUUUCAAGACUUGUGGAGCGGUUUACACAUGGAAAAAGUUCAGAAGCCUUUUAAAAAAUAAAAUUCUUCAAAAAAUGUUUUCAAGAGCUGUGAGAACAGUUUUUUUGAACUCUUCUUUUCAAAAUAUCUUCAAAAGUCCCGAAAAAAUUCUAUAAUUUUCCCAAAUUUUUUCUCCACUCAGAACCUAUGAAACAAUCAAUCCGGCAACGGAAAAACCGAUUUGCACAAUUCCGGUCGCCGCCAAGGAAGAUAUCAACCUGGCUGUUAGAGCUGCCAAGAAGGUUUCCAGGAACUUCUGAGCCUUUUUAAAGUUUCAAUUUAGGCUUUCGAAAACGGAGAGUGGAAGCAAAUGAACGCCAGGGAUCGAGGAAAGCUCCUUUAUAAGUUGGCUGACUUGAUGGAGCAGCAUAAGGUUGGAGAUUCAGGGGGAAAUCUAAAAAAGGGAAAAAUUUCCAUCGGUUGGAAGAAAAAUAAUUUUUCAUUCUCGCUUAAAAAAGCGCCGAGGAAGGAUCAGAAAAUCCACUAAAAUUAACGUUCCUUGGUUCCAAAAAUGGUUCAAAUAGUUUUUUUUUCGGCAAGCUAACUUUUGAAAAAAGAUUUUUGUACGUAUACAACAGUACCCUCGCUCUACCGUACCUAAACUGUUACAAAAAGGGAAAUUUAACGGAAAAAACUUCUAGGAAGAACUGGCGACCUUAGAGUCACUUGAUGCCGGUGCCGUCUACACUUUGGCCAUCAAGACCCAUGUCGGUAUGUCCAUCGACGUGUGGAGAUACUUUGCUGGCUGGUGCGACAAGAUUCAGGUAUUCCAAUAACGAAAUCAUGAUGAACUCUCGAAAUUUCCAGGGAAAAACAAUCCCAAUCUCACACGCCAGACCCAACCGAAACCUCUGCUUGACAUUACGCGAACCUGUCGGAGUCGUCGGAUUGAUCACUCCUUGGAACUAUCCGCUGAUGAUGCUCUCGUGGAAAAUGGCCGCCUGUCUGGCCGCCGGAAACACGGUCGUCCACAAGCCGGCUCAGGUCACGCCACUCACCGCCCUGAAGUUUGCCGAACUGGCGGCUCUGGCUGGCUUCCCGCCUGGCGUUAUUAAUAUCGUCACCGGUUCUGGAGGUACCUUUUUUGUUGUCAGAUAGGGAAAACUCAGAUAAUUUAGUGGGAACUGAAGGGAAAAGAGUUUUCGUACCGUUGCCUAAAGAACUAACCUUUGACUUUUUGCAAAAAUGGUUGAUUUUUAUGGAGGAUGUCCCAAAUGAAACUUUGAAGAUUGGAAGGUGUUUUCGAAAGUUGGAAAUCCGCAAUGGGACUUCUGAAUGAGACUAGGUUCACUAGAUGUAGUUUUUCAUGUUGAUUCCAAAUCUGGUCUCAAAAACGGCCCUCGAGGUGUGUGAACAAAGUUACGGGCUCUCGAAAUCCGAAAAUUUCAGUUUCUAUGAUUGAGCUCAUCCUCGAGCUUUCUAAAAAAAAAGAAGACCUUUUGAGGGUCUCCAGCAGGUCUUUUUCUCUCAUUUUUACAUUUUUACACAUCCUUCAACAAAAAAAAUUCGAUAAUAUCCAAAAAGGAUUUGCUUAGGCUAUAAAAAAGGAGCUCAAAAGCCUUUUCAUAACAUUUAAGGAGCUUUUCGAGGAACCUUUUCCCUUUUUUUUAACCAUUUUAUGUGUCAUUUUUCCACACCCCUUUGAAUUUUUUCAUCACUUUUCGUCUCGACAUUUGUUCAAAAUCCCCCUUUGAAGGAGUCAUCGGAGAUGCCCUGACCAAUCACCCCCACGUCCGUAAAAUCGGUUUUACUGGGUCUACCGAAGUCGGCGCCACCGUCAUGGCGAGGUAAGGAAGACCCCUCCAAAAAAAGACCAAUUUUCAAAAUUCCAGCUGCGCCAAGUCGAACGUCAAGAAGGUCUCCCUCGAACUCGGCGGCAAGUCGCCGUUGAUCAUCUUCGCCGACGCCGACCUCGAGAAGGCCGUCAAGCAGGCGUGCGGCGCCGUCUUCUUCAACAAGGGCGAGAACUGCAUCGCCGCCGGACGUGUCUUCAUCGCCAAGAGCAUCCACGACGACUUCGUGAAGAAGCUCGUCGAGGAGACCAAGAAGUACACGAUUGGCGAUCCUUUGGACAGAUCCACCGCCCAUGGACCCCAGAACCACAAGGCUCAUCUUCUGAAGCUUGUCGAGUACGUCCAGAAGUCGGUGGACGGCGGAGCUAAGGUUUUCUGAACUGGGAUCAAAAAUUCAUCAGCGCUUGAGGAAAAUAGUACUUUCGCUUCGAGACCAACGGCCUAGCGUUUCAGGGAAUUUUGAGAAUUUUUUGAAGGUUUCUGACCAUUUAGUGGCCUCUUAAGUGAUUUGAGCCAUUAGAGAAGUGCCUGAGAAUAUAGAGGCUACUUGAUCUUAAGAUUCGACUGAAAACUCGAAAUUCCCCAGUCAAAUUCUGGAAUGAUUUCUCCAAAUGCUUCAAGUUGACCCUUGAGGGAUUUUUCAGCAAGUUAUAAGCAGUUUUUCUUCUAAUUUUCCUUGUUUAAUGGACUGAAACGCUCAAAUAACCACUGAAAGCUCGGGACCCUCGAGGGAUCACUCAAACUUUUCUUUGGUGUUUUCUAGGAUUUUUUGUUUUUUUCUGGUCCGAUACAGUUUUAAAAAAGUAUGAAGUUCAAACAUUUUAAUGAAACUCUUGAGUGACCACUGAAAGAUCGAAUCUCUCUAGGGACCACUCAAACGUUCCCUGGUCCUUGCUAGGCUCUUUCUGGUCCAUUACAGUUUUCGAAGAAAUUUUAAGGAAAGUUCAAACAUUAAACACGCUUAAGUGACCACUGAAAGAUCGAAACCAUUUAGGGACCACUCAAACGUUCCCUGGUCCUUGCUAGGCUCUUUCUGGUCCACUACAGUUUUCAAAAAAAUGUUCAACCUUCAACACUGAAAGAACAAAACCCUCUAGGGAUCACUUAGACGUUUUCUAGGGCUUUGAGGCGCUUUUUUCAUGUUUUCAGUUUUUUUUUUUAAAUUUCACUUCUUCAGGUUGAAAUCGGCGGGGAACGAUUAGACCGAGAAGGACUUUUCUUCCCGCCAACGAUACUCUCUAACGUGGAGGACGACAAUUUUGCGGCCAAAGAGGAGUCUUUCGGCCCGAUUAUGUGUGUUUCCAGCUUCGACGACGAGUAUGUACCUAUUUAAAGGUCUUGAGAAGAAUUCUGAGUUUUCAGCAACCUCGAGGAUGUGCUCCGACGGGCCAACUCCACAGAAUUCGGUCUGGCCGCCGGUGUCUUCACCAAGGUUCGAAAAUAAGGAUUUAUACGGAAAGAAUCGUCCUAGGACGCUUCGAAAUCGCUCCGUGUGGCUGAGGCCUUGCAAGCCGGAACCGUUUUCGUGAACACUUAUCAGAAAACUGACGUCGCUGCACCGUUUGGUGGAUUCAAACAGUCCGGAUUUGGAAAGGAUAUGGGUGAGGAAUUUUGAACUGACUUGUCUGCGCUCUCUUUUCUCUUGCCGAGGAAGUUCAAGAAAGAGAAGAGCGCAGAGAAACCAGACAGUUUCUUGGUUUGUGUUAAAAUCGGGAUUAUUUGAAAAAAUAGCCUCAAAAACCAUCUUGUUAGCUCCAUAGACAUUAUAGGUCAAGUUAGCUCGGAAGAAGUUUCUAGGGAUCACUUAAGGGGAAAACCGAGGAAGUUUUGGAAAAUUCACUUAAGUGGCCAUUUGGGAGGGACGCGGAACAGUUUUCCCAAUCUGAAAGAAAAAAAAAGUUUUUUAAUAAGUUUCUAACCACUUGAGGGUAGAGCAGCAAAGUGGAAAACCCACUCAAGUGGCCACUUGGUAGGCAACGCAGAAAAUUUUCCCCCAUUCAAAAAAAAAAGAUUUCGAGACUGCCAUGAAGCUCAUUUGGUCAAAAAAUGUGGCCAACAUGUGGCGUCGAUUUUUUUUUCAAUCGACAGCUGUUUUUUGGCUUUUUUUUGGGUAGGCUUUUUUCAAGCGGUUUUUUUUUUUCUCAAAGUCAUUCCCAGACAUCACAGAUUAGCUCGGAAAUUGUAGUUCCCAGACUAGCUGCCCUUUUUUAGAGUACGAAAAAAGUGUACCUUUAUUUUUAGUACAUUUUCUCGAUUUCAGAAAGUUCGUUGAGAUCAAAAAUAAAAAGUUGAAUUAGGGAAGUAUAGCUGCUCGGACGUUGGUAACGCGAAACGGACGUGCUCCGGACGUUUUUGUGCAUUUCUAGUGGCCACUUUAGUAGCAUCAGCACUCUUAACUGAUCCCUAGAAUCGCCCAGAAACGUCUUACCAAUGUCCAAGCGAUUCACGGUCGGCUUGAGCCAUUGAACAUCGGGUCCUGACACGAUGAAAAAGAGACAGCGCCUGGUAUGUGGAGAGCGCAGACAAGCCACGCCCCUUAACAUCACAAGCCAACCGUGAACAAGAUAUAUUCAUGCCGUGUUCAAAGUGAUUCCGCGAAAUUCAAAAUAGCUGUCAGAGAAAGAGAAAGAUAACUAAAGUUUGGAGGGUCAGAGACCAUUUUGCAUUUCGCGGAAAUUACUUUGAACACGGCAUCAGUAAAUGCAACUUUUUCCAAUAAAUCCACGAAACAUGUGUCAGCUUUUUCCGCCACAAAUGUGCCCCGCUGAGAAAUCACGACCCCGCGAGGAGAUCAGCCGUUUUUUUGAGUGCACUUGAUCUUUCUCAGCUUCUCCCCAAUUUCUCAACUUUGGAUUUAGGAGAAGAAGCGCUCAACGAAUACCUCCAGACCAAGACCAUCACCAUUGAAUAUUAA